GUUUCUCCGCGUGCGGUUGCCGCCUCGCUCGAUUCCGAUUUCGAAUUCAAUUCAAUUUUUUGGCUUGGCCCACUGACAAAAAAAAAAAAAACCAAAUCGAAAACAAAGCCUCAUUGCGGCCCAUUUAACCGAUGCGAAAUUAGUACGUUGUGUAAAGUAGUAAAGGCAUUAUUUUUGUGGAAACACCAAAACAGUGUGGGUUUUUAACCCAAUUAAUUACAGAAAAUUACCGCCGUGUUUGUAAUAAAUAUUUUUGAAAAAUCUUCCCCAAAGUGCAGCGAUUGCACUAGUGAUUGUGUGUUUGUGCCCGAGAAAUCGUUUGUAGAACGCUAACAGGUAAAACAACAUCAACAUCAACUCAAGCGGCCAGCGAGCGAUGUCGGUGAAUAAAACCAUUAAAAUGAAGUUAAAGUCGCUCCCGAGCUGCAUACAAAUGGAGCUGUAAAUAAGCAAACAAACAUUGCAGCUGCUGUUAAUGAUACGUCGGAAAAGCUUCGCAGAAGUGGAGGACGAUCUUCCUCGGCGAGGACUAACCGAAAGUAAAUUGAAAUUGCGGCACGUUCUGGGUUCCUGGCUUCAGUUCACCUCCAUUGAGCAGCAGCUCCGAGCUUUCCACUUCCGUUUUUUGCAUGCUGGCCGGGCAGAUAGCCCUGGCUAUAGCACACACACCCAAACACACGCAGAUCGGGCGGGAAAAGAUAUAGCUAGAGCCGCAGCUACGAACACAUCGUAUUUCUUGGCCAAAUGUAUGCAGGCCGGGCGACACAAUUUGCCAAAACCAUCAGCAGCAUGGCGUGCAGCAUACAGAAGCAACCUCAGGCGCCGCAAUCUGUGGAUCCUGCCUCCACGGGAUCCGAGCCACUGGGUCGUGGAGGGGGAGGUGGAAAGGGAGGAGGUGGUGGCCCCAGUGGAGCUGGCACUGUUCCCUCCACACCGAAAACCACGAAGACCUCGCAACCGAGGGGCUCCCUGCCAACGGAUGUGAACCAGCCACCGCUGGAAUUUCAAUGGCCACCGCCCGUUCCCGUUUCGAUACACACGAGCAACCUGCGGCUGAACAUGAUGAACCAGGAUCCCAAGGACCUGCACACGGCCAGGGCCAUUAUCGAGGAGCUGCGCUCCAAGGUGCGCUUCCAGACCGAGCACAUCAUGAAGUGGCGGAAGGCCUACGCCAUGCAGGUGCAGCAACAUUAUCGCUAUCAGAAGGAGAAAUCCGACCAGAUGAACUCGCUCACCUCCCAACUUCUGCUGCUGGAAUCCCGUCUAAAAAGGAAGCAGAAACAAAUAGCCAGCUUGUUGAAUCACCGCGAGAUGACCAUCCAAAGGCAGCAGAAGAUCAUAGACACUCUAUCCUCUCGCCUGGUGGAUCACGGCCUGGAGACCAUAGAAGCCAGCUAUGCCAACGAGCUGGACUCCCUGAAUGACUCCGAUUCGGCUGUGGUUCUGGAGGACAUCGAUUCGGAUAGUCCGAUGACCUUGGGAACGCGGAGAAAGAGCAGUGGAGCUGGCGGAUUGGGUGGAGUUCUCGGCAGCGAUGGCAUCACCAUAGUGCGCUCCAUAUCCGAUGCAAUCGAAACGAAUCACAAUAAAUAUGGAGCGGCCAGGAGGAACAACUGCUUUCUGCGACGACCCGACAUCCUGGAAACGGUUUACUCCGUCGAAGAGGAUCCCGAACCCACUACGGAUGUGGCCGAGAAGCGGGACAAGUUCAAGAACCGCUCGGACAAGGCCCUCAGCUCCAGUUCCACCGAGGGUCAGAUAGACGCCGCCAGUCCCUCGGCCUCCGACAAAGCCAAAGACUCCUCGCCCGUCGACGGCGGAUCCACCAUGCAGCGUCGCCAGUUGGGAGCCCUCAAGAGAUCGCCAAGCCACGACUCACCCUGCACCACGCUCAGCGUGAAGGUGCCCCAGCUGCAGCCACCCUCUCCUCCGCCGCCGUCGAACUCUGGACAGCAGGAGCCGCCCAACGGAAAGAACCAGGUAACCAACUACAAUCGGGUGAUGCUGAACCACCGUUCGGUGACGAAGCCGAAGGACGUGAAGUACAAGCGGAUCAACAAGGCGAAGUCGAAGAGCCUGGAGGAGUUGCGGGGCCGGCUCAAGAACCUGGUGGAGCGACCGCCCGGACUGGACGGGGGAUACUCCGGCGGAAUGAUGCCGCAGGCGGCGCAGUCGUAUGCGUGACAUUUGCAGCAGCCGGACGGGGAAUCCCAGAGGUCAGCAGAGGAGGAGGAAGGGAAGGGUCGGCAGGAGGCGGAGGCGGAGGCGGGGGCGGAGAUGGAAGUUUCAAAAGCUUCUGUUCCAGUAGCUCGUGUGCGAAGGGAGAGCGCGGAGGCAAUGACCUCGACCUCUGCCGCUCCAGAGCCGCCGGGUGGCAGACACGGCUUUCCCAAGAGGUCGUUGACCUUGCCGCGAAUCCUGGUGCCCCGCCAAUCGACGCCGGGAUUGGCCAGCUCGAGCAGCGGAGGGGGCGGCGGUGGCAGUGGGCGUGGCGGCUUCUAGCAAUUAAAGAAAUUUUUCAUACGCAAUUGUGAUAAAAAGUAAAAACGUUUUUGUUCCCCCCCGUCUCUGUAAUGUCUAAUUUCAGUUUGCUUUAACAUGAUUCUCUUUUGUAACAUUUGUUUCCUUGACAGUUAUCCUGAGCUUAGUUUGGUAAACUUUGCAUUUACUUAAGUUUAGUUUUAGUUUUACAAACGGAACUGCAUUUUAACUUAACCUUAAACAUAAUUUCACAAACCAAUAAAUCAUUUUUUAAACUUAUUCUCUGUCUAUGAUUUUCUUUACACCAAACAAGAAGCGUAUGAAAAAUUUCGCAGCAAGUGGUUAAAACCGUAAGUCACACAGAUAUAUUUACAUAUGAACGGAAAGCGAACUCGAGGACAAUAUUUCCAAAUCCCAAAAGUUGAAUGGUGAGUAGCUCCAGUCAGUCCCAGAAUCGUGGGUGAAAAUAGGCUAGAAUGGAUAUUACUAAAUUUACUCAAGGUAUUACUAACUACAGAUAAGGAUACAUAUAUAUGCAUAAGCAGAGUGUUACUAAUUAAUAUUAUAUAUUUUCCGCAACGUUUAAGAGCUUCUCUCAACUGUUCCGCAUGUAAAAAAGUAUUCCAGUUUUCGGCAUGCUUUCAAAAACUAUACAACCAAAAAACUAGAACAUACUUGUAUUUCUCUAUCGAUAUUCUAUUUAGCUGUAAGCUCUACUCCAUGGACUGUCUUCUAGAUAACAGAAUUUACAAUUGAUCAUAAACAAAUAUGAGUAUAUUUUCUUACUAACUAUUACUAGCUAUUUUUAAAAUAUUUAAUAACUUAAACUAGGGUAAGGAAAGAAAAAAUCAUUUUAUUUUUGCAUUUUAUGAGGAUUAUUUUGUAUUUUGUUAUCGACUAUUGGGGUCCAUGAGACUCCAAUGUCCUAAAUGUCAGAUGUACCUUGAAACUCGUAAUAUUACUGUAAAGAUAUAUACCAAACAUCAGCGUUAAUUUAGAAAAUGAGCUAGAACUUACUUUGGUGUGAACUUUGACAAUGGCUGCUAUCAGGUCUCAAUUAUGGAAAUACAAAUACUCAAAAGCCAAAUCAGUACAAUGCUUGGACAACUGCAACAUAACAAAGCUAUAUAUUCGGAAAUACAUAUAUCAAAUUAUAUCAAUAUGCAACUCGGUGUUUCAGUGAAUGUCCUAUAGCAACAAAGUGUACCUACAUACGUGUGUGUUAUUUAAAAUGCAGAUUAAAAUUGUUAGAAAGAAAUCUUUAUCAGAGUAGUCCCUUAAGAAUAUCCAUACGUAAUGUCAAAGAAAGCUAUACAGUCAGAUAUAAGUAAUUGGUUUGACAAGCCUCUUAAAUUCCUGGGUCAAUUUGGUCGUUAAUUUAAUUACUUUAAGCUGAUUGCAGCAAAUGCAAAUUUGCCGACAAUCGUGGGUAAAGCGUGUUAUUCUGAAUAUAAAUGUAAUGAAACUUAUCCAUAAGAACCUUUUGCAGUUUCUAGAAAAGAAAAUAGCUUAAUUAUAAAAGCGUCUAUCAACAUGCCAAACGCUAAUCUUUUGUAAAUAAAUUUAAUUUGUAAUAUUUUAUUUUACCGAAUCAUCUUAUCCAUUAAUUUACAUAUCCGAAAUAUCGGUUGCUUUUUAAAGGCUUAAUAACCACAUUAAAAAUUAGAUAAAUGCAUUAUUUGUACAAAUUAUAAAAAUAAAUUACUGGUCUUUGGAUCAUAUUCGUUUGAGUUGUAAGCCAAUUUACAAAUGCUGAAAGGAAUAUAAAGUCUCAAUCAAUAUAGCGAUUCUACUGAGCGUAAAACGGAAAUGCUGUAAAUGUAAAUUAAGAUUAGACUAAGACUCGUACUUUAUAAAUCUAAUUGUUAAAGUUAUUUGUGUGUUUGCAAAUUGUAAUCAUCAUUCGGAAAGGCGGCAUCUUUUUUUCUAGCUACCUUAAAUAGGUAAUCGUAAACGAACGAACAUUAAUGGCCAUUAAUUUGCUCACUCUACGAAAUUCGAAUAUACAAUACUUGAGAUAUUUUCUACUUGCGCUUAAUAAAACAAACUAAACCUAAA